AUGCAGCCCAUCACCAAGGUCUUCUUCCUCCGGGCGGCGUCCGGGGGGGUUACGGCCUUUACAGCCCACCAGGGCCACCAACAGCUUCAACAACUUACCGUUCAGGGCCAUUACCGCCAUCACGUGGGCCGCGCCAACAACACGGGGGUGAACCCCACCUUGACCAUAUCCAACAACAAGCCAGCAGCCCACGCGGACCACACCGGUUGCGGCGCCAGUGUCAACAACGCCGUUGCUAAAGACCCCAGCCCCGCCUCAUCAUCCACCCUCCAUCCUCCCUCCAUACUAACAACCCCCUCAAUCUCUCCAGACCCUACCGCCGCCCCAGCCGUCGCUGCGUCUGGGGUGCGCCCGGCGCCGAGUGGGUCGGGUGUUUUGGUCGUCCCGACGGGCGGGGUGAGGCCGGCUCCGUUUGUUUAUGUCUCGGGUGCUGGCGCUGGUGUUCGUGCUGCUGCUGCUGCUGUUUGGGAUGGAGUUGUUGUCGCGGGGAUAGGGCUGGGGGUUGUUGGUGCGGUGUUCUUGUUGUGA